GCAUGAGCGAAGGGUGAGCCGAGAGUACAACACCGACCCGAAGGCACCUCUGCAGGGGGAGCCUGGAGAUUGUCUUUCCUGUCGGAGACUCCAAACCAAACAAAUAGAAAAAAAAAGAAAAACUAUCCAAGAUGACUGUCACUUACUCCAGUAAAGUAGCAAAUGCGACUUUUUUUGGAUUUCAUAGGUUACUCCUCAAGUGGAGAGGCAGCAUCUACAAACUACUAUACAGGGAAUUUAUUGUUUUUGCUGUACUUUACACAGCAAUAAGUUUUAUGUACAGAUUGUUACUUACAGGAGCCCAAAAACGUUACUUUGAAAAAUUAUCAAUUUACUGUGACAGAUAUGCUGAACAAAUUCCAGUAACCUUUGUGCUUGGGUUUUAUGUCACUCUGGUGGUGAACCGAUGGUGGAACCAGUUUGUGAAUCUGCCCUGGCCAGACAGGCUGAUGUUCCUCAUCUCCAGCAGUGUUCACGGAAGUGACGAGCACGGGCGCCUGCUUAGGAGGACACUGAUGCGCUACGUCAACCUCACGUCCCUGCUCAUCUUCCGCUCGGUGAGCACGGCUGUGUACAAGAGGUUUCCGACGAUGGACCAUGUGGUUGAAGCAGGUUUUAUGACAGCAGAUGAAAGAAAAUUAUUUGAACACCUCAAAUCUCCUCAUCUGAAAUACUGGGUUCCAUUCAUCUGGUUUGGAAAUCUUGCAGCUAAAGCCCGGAAGGAAGGUAGAAUCAGAGACAGUGUUGAUCUGCAAUCAUUGAUGACUGAAAUGAACCGAUUUCGCUCCUGGUGCAGCCUCUUAUUUGGUUAUGACUGGGUUGGGAUUCCGCUGGUCUACACCCAGGUUGUCACGCUAGCUGUCUACACCUUCUUCUUUGCGUGCCUGAUUGGACGCCAGUUUUUGGAUCCCACCAAAGGCUACUCAGGGCAUGACUUAGAUCUUUACAUUCCGAUCUUUACGCUCCUACAAUUCUUCUUCUAUGCAGGAUGGCUCAAGGUAGCUGAGCAACUUAUCAACCCUUUUGGAGAAGAUGAUGAUGACUUUGAAACUAACUGGUGCAUUGACAGAAAUCUGCAGGUCUCCCUUUUAGCCGUGGAUGAAAUGCACAUGAGCUUACCCAAAAUGAAGAAGGACAUUUACUGGGACGAUUCUGCUGCUCGACCACCGUAUACACUGGCAGCUGCUGACUACUGCAUACCCUCAUUUCUGGGGUCAACAGUUGAAAUGGGGCUGUCGGGGUCCGACCUGCCUGGCGAGGACUGGCUGUGGGAUUACGAGAAGCAUGGCCAUCGCCGCUCCAUGAUUGGAAGAGUCAAGAGGUUCCUGAGCACCCACGAACGCGCCUCCAGCCCCAGGAGGAGAAGCUACAGGAGACAGGCCAGCGACAGCUCCACGUUCUUACCCCCGGGCGACCUCAGCCCAGCCAGGGACCUGCUGCACGUGCCCUCGAGAAGUCCCCACCAUGCCUCAACCACCUGGAAGCACCCCUGCACCCCAGAGGGGAGCCCCAAGCUGCACGCCAGCCUGGGAGAGCUGCCCACCCUCCGACAGGCCAGCCUGACUCCACCGUCCAGUGUGAGGGGCUACCCCACCAAACCGCCGCGGGUCCCUGAGGUACUGGUCACAGCAGCCGAAGCGGCAGUGUCCAGGGCAGAGGAUGACCACCACGACUCCACUGCCUCUAUCCAGAGCUCUGACUUCACUGGGGUUCAGCCGAGCAGGACUGGGCAGCAGGAGGACCCUGUGGGGUCAGUCCCGUUCCCCUCAGAGAAAGGGGCACCUUCUAGGGACCCCAGUUCCCAGACUGUUCCAGCCAAAGCUGAGAGAAACCUCCUCCAGUUUGCCUCUGAGGAGGACCCUCAUGAGAGUGACAAGUCCCCAGAAAGGUGGAGCCUCCCGAGGUUGGUGGAGUCCAGCCGCACCUCCCUGGCAGGCCUAAGUCCGGAUCCCGUGAGCCCUGAGCCAGUUCCUUUACUUGACACAGAAACAUCCUCAGAGACCGGUGGAAUCAACAUUGUGGCUGGUUCUCGAGUCUCUCCUGAUGUGCUGUAUUUAAUAGAAAACCUGGACACCAAGGAAACGGAUAUCAUAGAGUUUAACCACGAGCAAACGGAGGAGUCACCCAAAGGAAGGCCAGAAAGUUCUAGGACCUGGCUCUAGCCCAGAUUCUUACUUUCCCAAAAGUUCAAGUAUUAGUUCCAGAACAUCCCUGGGGGCUGGUCAAUUUUUUUUUAAAUGAUCAUACCGUAUAAGCUACUUAAAACUUUGAAGGGCAUUAUGAUCCUGACUUUCUGAGACCUGAGAAAAUCAAACACAUUCACGCCACCCACUACAAAGUGACUUUCAUGGAAGUUACGCAGACCACAGUGAGGUAUCUUAACCAAAUAAGGAACCUUAAAUAUAUAAAUAUAUACGCCUUAUAAAUUCAUAGAUUGUUAGCUUUGCAAAGGGCUUUAUAGAUCAUGGUCCAAUCCCCUAGUUUUGCCAAUAGAGAAACAAAGGAUUCUCUCUUCCCUUUUUUUUUUCCCUUUCUUCUUUCCUUCAGUUAUAAAGACAGGCAGAUGGAUCAUACGAUGCCUCAAAAGCCCCUUCCUAAUGCUGAUUCCUUGUUUGAGGCUUUCUAACCAUCUCACUCCACUUUCUAUAACUCUUAUCUUUCCUAAUUCUUAAGCCUCAUCAGCAUCAGGAAGCUCCAUCUCCCUUCAAUUUCCUUUCCGACCUCCGACCUCCCGGACUUCAUUUUUCUCUCUUCCCCCUUUAUUCCCUCAUCCUAUUGUUCUUCUCGUCCCCCUAGUCUUGCUCCUUCUCCGGUGAUUCUCAUCCGUCCCACCUUUCAGGCUGUAACAUUUUCUUCUGCCAACUCUGUUGCUUACUUCUUGCCACAGUUUUAAAAGCACGAGGCAUUGGCAAAGCCUCCUACAGAGCGAUCAAAGUGUCAGUAAAUGCAGCCGGGCUCCUCCCAGCCUCGAGGAAAGGGGCAUGGGACCUGCUGUGUCCCCCAUGCCCUCUCAGCCGUGGCCGUCUCUCUCUGCCUCCACUCUUAGGUCUUGAACACCGGAGAAGCCACGAGGGCAUGAGACCUGCAUAACCAAAUGCUAUGGAACCAAAUAACAAGGU